UCUGUGUGCUAUGCUCAAUAAAACUGCACGUUAAUAGUAAGCAAUUAAUACAUUAUGUAGCCCUGCUUUAAAAACCGAGACACCUUUAAUUAUGAUUAUUGUUAUGAUCAUUAAAGGAGUACUCGAUUUUCUUCUUUAUAUGCUUUGCUCUCGAUUCCGACUGUUAGCUGGGGUUCCUAGCUGGGAAAGUGCAGGAGAGGUGUCUUUCAGAACAUGAGUGAGAGCAGCAUGAAAUGAACAGAAGGAACAUUGCACAAGAUAAAGUAGGGAAAAUGCAGUUUCAGCACGGAGAUAAGAGACAAAAGACACCUCGCUGCCUUGGGGUUUGAACUGGUAAACACAUUGGCCUCUUAAAGGACAUGAUUCAGACUGUCCCAGAUCCAGCAGCUCAUAUCAAGGAAGCAUUAUCAGUAGUAAGCGAAGACCAGUCCUUGUUUGAGUGUGCCUACGGAACGCCACACCUUACUAAGACAGAGAUGACUGCCUCCUCUUCCAGCGAAUAUGGGCAGACAUCAAAGAUGAGUCCGCGUGUCCCCCAGCAAGACUGGUUAUCACAACCACCAGCUAGAGUCACCAUCAAGAUGGAAUGUAACCCAAAUCAGAUUAAUGGGUCAAGGAAUUCCCCUGAUGACUGCAGCGUGGCAAAAGGAGGGAAGAUGGUCAGUGGCUCAGAUAAUGUCGGGAUGAACUAUGGAAGCUAUAUGGAAGAGAAACAUGUUCCACCACCAAAUAUGACAACUAAUGAACGAAGAGUGAUUGUUCCAGCAGAUCCUACAUUAUGGAGUACCGACCAUGUACGUCAGUGGUUGGAAUGGGCCGUGAAGGAAUAUGGUCUUCCAGACGUUGACAUCUUGUUGUUCCAGAACAUUGAUGGGAAGGAACUGUGUAAAAUGACCAAAGAUGACUUCCAGAGACUCACCCCAAGCUAUAAUGCAGAUAUCCUCCUCUCACACCUACACUACCUCAGAGAGACUCCUCUUCCACAUUUGACUUCAGAUGAUGUUGAUAAGGCCUUACAAAACUCUCCACGGUUAAUGCAUGCUAGAAACACAGGGGGUGCAGCUUUUAUUUUCCCAAAUACUUCAGUUUAUCCAGAAGCAACACAAAGAAUUACAACCAGGCCAGAUUUAUCAUAUGAACAAGCCAGAAGGUCAGCAUGGACAAGUCAUAGUCACCCUGCUCCUCAAUCAAAAGCUACCCAACCAUCAUCAUCAACAGUGCCCAAAACAGAAGACCAGCGACCUCAGUUAGAUCCAUAUCAGAUUCUUGGACCAACCAGCAGCCGUCUUGCAAAUCCAGGGAGUGGACAGAUACAACUGUGGCAGUUUCUGCUGGAACUUCUGUCUGAUAGCUCCAAUUCCAAUUGCAUUACCUGGGAGGGCACCAAUGGAGAGUUCAAGAUGACUGACCCUGAUGAAGUAGCCCGGCGCUGGGGAGAAAGGAAAAGCAAACCCAACAUGAACUAUGACAAACUCAGUCGUGCACUCCGUUACUACUAUGACAAAAAUAUUAUGACUAAAGUCCAUGGUAAGCGUUAUGCCUACAAGUUUGACUUCCAUGGAAUAGCUCAGGCCCUCCAGCCUCAUCCUCCAGAGUCAUCCAUGUAUAAGUAUCCAACAGACCUACCCUACAUGAGCCCCUACCAUGCACACCCUCAGAAGAUGAACUUUGUAGCUCCCCAUCCUCCUGCUUUACCUGUAACUUCCUCCAGCUUUUUUGCUGCCCCUACUACAUACUGGAAUUCACCAACUGGAAGUAUCUACCCUAAUACUAGGCUUCCAGCCACCCAUAUGCCUUCUCACCUUGGCACCUACUACUAAGUAGGAAAAAAAUAAGAGACACUUCUCCAUGGAAUAUAGUACCCAAUUAAUUAUGAUGAACUAUAUUGGAGAACAUGAAUUAAAAAUGCCUAAAGAGACAUGAAAAAGUUUGACUUGUGGGAAAAUGUCAAAAAGACUCUUUGUAGUAGGGAAAGUAUUCAAGAAGUAUAAAGAUGCUAAAAUGUAAUGUAUAUGGGCAUCGAAUCUGUGGACCAAACAACAAAAGACUGUUGUAGGUAAAAGCAUGAAAUGAUAAGGACAACCUACAAAAGAAAGUGGUCUUAAAAAGUUGAUAAGCUUCUGUGUAAAGUUUGAUAUCUUGCUAAUGCAAACUGGGACUAUACUACAGCAAUAUAAGGAUCAUUCUAUAGUGACCUAACAUACAGUAUAUGAAUUCAUUAAAAACAAAAAACAACAAAACAAAAAAAACCCCAAACCAAAAAAAACCACCUGUAUUUAAAAAAAUGGAAACAUAUCAAAAAGACUGGUUGAGUGUGGAAGCUGAUUUCGAAUACAACAGCAUUGUUUUUGGUUAAACUCAAAAGGCAUUCCAUUCAUUGUAAAGGUAUCAGCUAUUUCAAACUGUGAAGACAACCCAAGCUUUAAGAUUCCUUGACAAUACUACAGGAACCCUGAGCCAAACAUUGGAAUUGAGAAUGUGCUGGAAGGCAAGAGUAUGAUUGUAGAUCAAGGGCCUGCAUCUGAUACAGGAAGUAGAAAGGAGGAAGAGGAGGACGAAGAUGAGAAUGGGAGAAAAGAAACUUCUUUACCAGUAGAUAUUGAAGAGACUGAAAACUUGGUAGUGUUGGGACUAUAAAGAAUUACUUGUUUGGAUUUGAGAAAUAUUUUGAUCAGUAUUAUACCAUUCCCAGUAUUAUAGAAGGAAUAGACUUGAUUUUUUUUUAAAGUGGAGAAAGGGAAAAGCAGUAGAAUUCAGAAAUCAGAAUAUGCAUCUCUUUAAAAAAUGUAAAACUGGAAUUGUCUGAUAUUUAAAAGUAACAUUUAGGACCUCCUCAUUAUUAAGGGAGUUUGUUUUCUACUGGUUUAAGGUAAGAGACAACCCCCAACUGCCAAAAUCAGAUAUCAUGUAAGUAUUUUUGUGAGGCGGGCGCCAGUUUUUCUUUUUCGAGUCGCGAACGCUGUGCGUUUGUCAGAAUGAAGUAUACAAGUCAAUGUUAUUUUUUUCCUUUUUAUAUAAUAAUUAUAUAACUUAUGCAUUUAUACACUACGAGUUGAUCUCGGCCAACCAAAGACACAAAAAAGGGACAAUCAAAAAUAUUGUGGCCUUGAAUUUUAACUCUGUAUGCUUAAUGUUUACAUUAUGAACUUAUUAGUACUUAGAAUGCAGAAUGUAUGUAAUAAAAUAAGCUUGGCCUAGCAUGGCAAUUCAGAUUUA